CUUGCCAAGCUGGCAAUCCUGACACCUGUGACAUAUCAAAGAUGGACGACAUCUCUGUUACGACGCGCACGUCAUCUGGUGCUCUGAGCAACCUCAUAGCAGAUCUAGAGCAGUGCAAGGCGCCGACAGCAGCGCAGCCCAUCGGUGCAGCAGCAGAUGAGCAGCCUGAGGGGGGCCUGAAACGCACUGGUGGGUGUGUGGUGGGGAUCGGCAUGCGAGGCAGCGAAGAUGAGGAAGACGUGACAUCACAACAGCCGACACGCGUGUGUGGAUCUACCAGGCUCGGACACUCGAUUCGACGCGACGCCGCACGACAGCGAUUUCGUCACAGGCGUCAAUGCGGGCAUACACCCCAUCAGGUCACCAAGAUUGCACACGCCUUUUUCUUCCCUGUGAUGUGCGCGUGUACGGUGCAUGCAGCUCUGCUUUUCGAUGACAGUGUCGGGGGGUUCACCAUCGGCCUCCCCACAGCCGAUAUGGCUCUGCCCAACCCCCAGGUGUUGCAUGGAAUUGCACUGUUUUGGGCUACGCUGCACGGUUGGUCGGUGUGUGGUGUGUGGAUAUUGGUCCUGGCUGCAGCCUGGUGAAGAGGUUGACACACUGGCCAUGUGGGCGGCGGGAGAGGGUGGGGACGGCGAGGCCGACGACAAGGUCCUCACGCUGCGGUCGGUGCCUUUCAGGGUUGUCAGGACACAGGUGGGCACGGCACAGGACAUCUCUGUGCAUGUGUGUAUGUAUGUGUGUGUGUGUGUGUGUGGUGGUUUAGUAUGCUGUGAGGGGCUGUGUGGUGACCAAGAGUUGGGAGUUGAGGCGGCAACUAAAGGAACACCCAGGUUGGCCAAUCGGGAGACGUACACGCAUCGUGCACUCAUUACGCAGCUAUGGAGAAUCUGUGACCUGUGUGUGUGUGUGAAGGUUCUUUGCCGUUCGACGACAUCGUGGCAGCCAAUAUCGGCAACCCACAGGCUAUUGGACAGCCCCCCAUGACAUUCAACAGACAGGCAAGACACAAAUGCCAACGACAACCACGGGACAAUCUCACUACUCGUCCCUCUCUCUCUGUCUGUCUGUCUCUCUGUCUGUGUGUGCAGGUGUUGUCGUGUCUGGCCUACCCGCCGCUGAUCGACAUGAACCCCAGCGGCUACCAACCUGACGUCCUCGAGCGAGCCAGGAGAUACCUCGCGGCCUUCCCCAACGUGGGCGCCUACAGCCACAGCAAGGGGGUCGAGGUGUUCCGCAAAGACAUCGCCAAGUGGUUCGAGCAGAGAGACGGCAUCAAGACCGACCCAGAGCACCUGUUCCUGACGGACGGCGCGAGCAUUGCUGUCCACAGUAUCAUGGAAUUGCUCAUCAGCAAUGCUACCGAUGGUACGAACGCACAUGGACAUAACGCACCUUUCCAAUCGCGCCUUUCUCCGUGCAGGUGUGCUAAUCCCAGUGCCGCAGUACCCCCUGUACUCGGCGACCAUUGCUCGCCUCGGUGGGCAGGCUGUGGGGUACUUUUUGGACGAGGAGAGCGAGUGGGCUCUGCACGAUGAGGAGCUCGAGAGGGCGUACCGCACUUACACACAACAGGGAGGUACGCAGUCCGGCCACAGACACACAGGGGGAGGGAGGUGCUGCUAUGUGUGACUCUAUGCGUGUGUGUGUGUGUGGUCAGGUCGUAUUCGUGCCCUGGUGGUGAUCAACCCCGGCAACCCCACGGGGAGCCUUCUCAGCCGAGACAAGAUGAAAGAGGUGAGAGGGGAGAUCAGGUUGCUCGGAGAUAAGCAGACAGCGAUACACAACCGUUGGCUGCACGAAGUGGUGUGAGUUUGUCGUCUGACGUGAUGUGGUGUGAUUGUGAUGUGUGUCAGGUGGUCCGUUUCUGUGAGCGCCGACGGAUCGUUUUGAUUGCCGAUGAGGUGUACCAGGACAACGUGUACACCGACGACCAGCAGUUCAUCUCAUUCAGAAAGGUAUCCACGCACCACACAAACACCACACACACAAACCACGUGCAGCUACACUGUGUGUGUGUCUGUGCCUGCAGGUGAUCGCGUCCAUGGGUUCGCAUCUCGAGGUGUUCUCGAUGCACUCGUCGUCCAAAGGCCUGACAGGCGAGUGCGGUGUGCGGGGCGGCAUCAUCCUGGCGGACAACAUCCAGCCGUCGGUGCUGGAGCAGCUGUACAAGCUCUUCUCCAUCAGCCUGUGCGCCAACACACUGGGCCAGGCCAUGAUCGCAUCCAUCCUCACGCCGCCAAAACCGGAAGAGCCCUCGUACGACACCUACAAAGCCGAGAGGUAUGUGCUCACAGACGCAACACACUCGUCCAGCCUGCAUCGUGUCUGUGUGGGUGUGUGGUGGGUGUGUCACCUAGAGAUGAGAUCUACCUCUCUCUGCGUCGCCGGGCCUGUAUGGCCUACGAGCGGCUCAACCAGAUGGAGGGCGUCCGGUGCAACCCAGUCAAGGGCGCCAUGUACGCCUUCCCCAAACUCACACUGCCAUCGAAGGCCAUACAAGCCGCUAGGUAGGCAAUCCAACCACACACACACAUCGGCUGGAUGGCUGGAUGGCUCGGUGGUCUGUUCUGUCUGUCUCUCUGUGUGUGUGUGUGUCUGUCUUUGUGUGUGCAGGCAAGCCAACCAGCUGCCGGAUCUGUUUUAUUGCCUGCAGCUGCUCCAGCACACAGGUGGCCGGGUGGCCGGCGCACCGACCAACCAGGUGUUUAUUCGUCUUGGUGUGUUGUGUUGUGUUGUGUUGUGUCGUGUAGGUGUGAUGGUGGUGCCCGGAAGUGGUUUUGGUCAGCUGCGUGGCAGCUACCACUUCCGCAUCACCAUCCUGCCAGAGGAGAACAGGCUGGCCAACGUCUUCGACCGCAUUCAGGCCUUCCACACCGAAUUCCUGGAGAGAUAUACAUAGACACCGACAAGUGGCUGUGUGGUGGGCGGUGCUGUGGGUGCGUUUUGAUGUUCGUGUCCGUGUGGGUUUUGUGCUUUAUCCACUGCCACUCAGUGAGUGCUGUCUGUCUCGCUGCCUCCAUUAAUUGGAGCCCCAUCUCCCUGCCACGGCGUGUGUGUCUGCAAUGAGAACAACAGGAUUAUUGCCAUUUUUGCUGCGCGACCGCAUUCCUUAGUUCCCCAUCUCUUUGUGUCGACAUGUCUGCGCGUGUCUGACUCUUUCUCUUCCUCUUUCCCUUCCUGCAUCGAGUGACUCGGAUGACUCAAUUGAUGGUGCAACGUCACCGUCGAUGGAUUCAUCCAGGUGACAGAGGCAAAGCUUGGGAGCGGGGGGGACAAAGACAGGGCGCUUAUUGACACGCCUUUUGCAUGAGUGUCUGCCUUGUAGAUCUCUCAAUGGCACUGGGCACUUCACCGAAAUCGACAGGUCACUUAUUGUGUUUUUUGACCACAUCCC